CCGGGAUCCGGCGGCUCCGGCGCCCCCCACGCGCGGCCCCGCGGGGCUCUGAGAUGUCUCUCCGAGGUUCUGCUCCCCUGACGGUCGUUCAGCUUCCAGGAGAGCAAGUCCAGGUGCAGGGAGUGAUCCAGACAGCCCAGUCCUCCUCGGUGAUCCACUCCCCUCAGGUCUCUUCCUUGUCUGAGAGUGAGGAUUCCCAGGACUCCUCAGACAGCAUUGGCUCCUCGCAGAAGGCUCGAGGCAUCUUGGCUCGUCGCCCCUCGUACCGAAAAAUUUUGAAAGAUCUUUCCUCUGAAGACACACGGGAUAGAAAAGGAGAUGAGGAAAGUCCCGGGGUCUCCACUGUCACCUCCAUGUCCGUUCCCACACCCAUCUACCAGACAAGCACUGGACAGUACAUCGCCAUCGCGGCCAACGGGCUGCAGCUGGCGGGGCCGGGCUCGGACGGGGUGCAGGGGCUGCAGACCCUGACCAUGGCCAACGCCGGCGGCUCCCAGCCCGGCCCCACCAUCCUGCAGUACGCCCAGACCUCGGACGGGCAGCAGAUCCUGGUGCCCAGCAACCAGGUGGUGGUGCAGAGUGAGUACCCCUGGGGUCACCCCCCUUGGUGUCCUGUUGUCCCCUCCUAA